UAUACUUGUUGCGCUUUUGAUUUGACUGUGGAGAUUUCAAACGCUAGCAAUGGGAGACGAACGCCCCUCGGAUGCGCUCCAACCGGCGGCGAAAAAGCGGCCUGGACAAGGCGGAAGGGACAGGGACGAUCCCGACGACGAUGAUCAGCCGAGCGUUGACCCUGGUACAUGGACGGCCGAUACCACGGCUACACGAGAGCGGCGGAAGGUGCACGUGCGUCGUGGUGCAGGUGGAGGCGGAGCUGGGGCUGCCCCUGCCGGGGCGCAGCCUUCAGGCGCCGCGAACCCCUUCGCUGGGAUAGCGCUUUCCUUUGCCGCGCCACCAGCCACGGCAGCAGCACCGGCGGCCGCAAAGGACGCUGAGGCCAAGCCACAGGGCGAGGGCGAAAAGGAAGUCGAGGGGGCCAAGGCUGCACCUGAGGCUGUCCAGGGUGAGAAGGCCGCUGCGCCUGAGGGCGAGAAGGCGGCUAUUCCGGAGGCCAAGGAAGCAGCUGCUGAGAAAGAAACGGCUGCGCAGCCACAGGCGGCUGCACCUGCAGCAGCAGAUGAAAUGAAGGAGCCGGAGUCAAGGGAGGGAGCGUCGACAUCCCCGGGCGGCACCGCCACCACGCCCGCCACCAGCAUCUUCGGCGGCAGCGCCGGCACCACCUCCGGCUUUGCCUCCUUGGCAGCGGGCGGCUCCACCCCCGGUGGCUUCAACUUUGGCGGCUUCGGCGGCAGCAGCACCGGCGGCGCCGCUGGAGGCAUCUUUGGCGCCACCGGCGGCGGCAACAUCUUCGGCGCCGGCAGCAGUACUGGCGGCGGCCUGUUUGGCACCGGCACGAGUGGCGCGGGCGCGUUUGGCGGAGGCUUUACCUUCCCUAAGCUCGAGCCGGGCGCAGGCGGGCUGGGCAAGCCGCUGUUUGGGGCCUCCUCUGGUGGUGCGGAGGAGGGCGGCGAGGGCGGCGCCGAGGAGAAGCCCGAGGCGUUCCAGCCCUCGGAGGACCCUUCCAUCAAGCCCGUGGUGCAGCUGGCGGUGGUGGAGAAGGUGACGGGCGAGGAGAACGAGCAAACCAUCUAUGCUGAGAACGGCAAGUUGUACGAGUACGACAGUGCUGCGUCCAAGUGGCGGGAGCGCGGCAGCGGGGAGCUGCGGGUCAACGUGUCCGCGGAUGGCGCCACCAGCCGCCUGCUCAUGCGCCAGGCUGCGAACCUUCGUCUGCUGCUGAAUGCGCGCGUCAUGAGCAACAUGGCGGUGCAGCGCAUGCAAGGCGCCAGCGGCGUCACCUUUGGCUGCGUCAACACCGCGGCCCCGGCUGACGCCAACCAGCAGCCGCAGCAGUCAGCCGCGGAGGCCAAGGAGGGCGAGGCGGAGGAUAAGGAGGGCGCCGCGGGCAAGGCUGCGGGCGGGCUGGUGCGCACUUGGGCGUUCCGCACCAAGGGCGAGGAGAAGGUGUUGGCGCUGCUGGCAGCACUGGAGAAGGCCAAGCAGAACCACAGCAACAACCCGCAGGAGGAGAAGAAGGAUGCUGCGGCCGAGGUUUAAGGCUCCGUAUGCCGCAUGGGUGCACAGCCAUACGUGUCCCUAACCGCAAGCCCCUCGCCCAGCCUGGGCUUAAGACGUUGGGAGACAUUACGAGCGGGAGUGGUUAUUUGGCGCCAGCACUCGGCGGUUGCGCUGUUUUCGUCGCCUCGCCGACGCUAUGUAGCCCUGGGCUCACAGUAGCAUGUGUCGGUUGUGGCAGGGUUUGGUUGCAGUGUUGUAGCUGAGAGCAGGGAGCUUGAUCGAGAAAGGAUUAGUUGGGUCGGCUAACGCGUUGGCAGGAGCAGCAUAGCUAGCGUUUCAGGGUAGGACGGGUAGCAAAGCAGCAUAUGCAUUGGAAAGGUAACCACUUGGCCGGCUGAUCAAUUUGCAGGGCCAUUGCAGCGCAGCCGCUUGCCAGGACUCAAGAGAAGCAGGGUAAUCUUGGUGACGUGGAUGUAUGUUGUCGGAGUUAGAUCGAUGGCUUCCCCUCAUCCUGGAAUUCCCGACGUAGAGUGAGAUACGGGCCAAGUUGCGCACCCCUGGCUUCUUGCACGUAGCCUGAGGAAAAAGAGGAUAAUUGAACCCAAGCCUCGCACCAUAUCGUGCAUGCAAGCAUAGGCAUAUUGUGUACAAGACAAACCUUUGGUUUGCGUCGGGUGCCUUCUUUACAUGACGAGCGCAGACGCAGGCGUCACCAUCAACCACGGUCAAAGUUAAUUGUGCAUCUCAGUUGACGUAACCCCUGUGUAACCCACUUGGCUAAA